CCGCACAGGCCAACAUUUUUCUGAUUAUAUCUAGCUCUGAUGGUGUAUUUUAUUUUUUCCAAUACUGCACAAAAGUUAUGCCACCACAGUUAGCACAUGUAUAAUUAGAUAGAGUACAUUUUUCUUAAACCCCUCUGGUAUUACGCCUAGGAGAAAAAUUUCUGGUUUAAACCAAAUUUGGUCUCCCACCAUUUGUUCCAACCAUGAUUGAAUCAUUUUCCAAUAUCUUUGGGCCUCAUUGCCAAUUGCCUCACCACCAGUUGUCAAUUUUUUGAAGUUGAAACUGGAGAUUGAACACAAUUUCUCAAACAUUUGCAGUUUUUUCUUUUUACUGUUUUGAUUUCUAACUUGCAAAUCUCUUUCCAAUACUGAUUCUGUCAUGUGAAUAAACAUCUCUGAUUGCUGCUGUUUCCUAUUUUAGGUCUGAUAUUAUAGAAAGCAUUCAUCAUACAUCCUGGAAGAAGAGAAUAAAUGCUUAUGAUGCAACAGUCUCUGUAAUCUACUUUUGCACUGCAUAAUAAUAAUUGAUGUCUACACCACAUUGAAAUAGUGAUUGGGUGGAACCAAUCCUACCUUUGAAGGGACCCAUAACUACUUAGGAGGCCUAUCUCUUAAUCCUUUGUUACUAUAUGAAAAUAGAAUGAGAAGUUUGAUGCUUGGCCUGAAUGAAUAGAAUCUUUAUAAGGCAGUUUUUAAUAUACAUGGUCAUAUCAAUCAAGAUUCCAUGCAGAUUUCUGGUCAGAAUUUGCUAACCAAUUGGGAUUGCAAAUAUGAAUAAUCUUUGAUACCAAGUUCACAUCAUUGAUUAGCAGCUGAAUCAUUCCGGCGUAUAGUCAAAAUCUGCAACUGACACAAAAUAUGUCCAGCUUUUGGGAACAAGAACUCUUUGUCCAAAGUAUGCUUGUAGCGAUCCAUAUUUUUCUAAAUAUGCACAUUCACAUUAUUCAAUAGAGCACUAAUGCUAACUUGCUUGGGUCAUAUUUGCAAUUCUGAGAUGCUAAAAGUACUUGUGCAAAAUAUAUAUGAAAUUUACUUCCCACCAUAACUACCAUUCCCUAUAGCCCUUAAGAUAUCCUUUGCUAUCUUAGUUUGCCUUUAGUUUUUUGGGGGUGCAUGCAUACUUCAUAGCACUGAGUUGUAGUCUCAAUGUGGCAGUUUUGAAAGUAAGCUUAAGGCUGGUACUAUGUAAUAAAUCAGUUUAUCAUUUAGCUUUAUUAAAAAGUAACAAAAUAAUGGAGCCUGGUGAUUACCAAAGAAAGGGUUACCAGAUACACAGUGCUGCAUAAGGAGAAUAAAAUUUGGGGCUUACAUAAAACAUCCCAUUCAUAUUGUAUACAACUCAAUAUAUCAUUGUUAAUUAUAAUGCAAUCUUUACACUUCAUGUAGAAGUGAUGAAUGACAGUAUUUUGACUGUAUUUUUCUAGUUCUUUGCUAACACAGUUCCUUGAAAUGAUGGCAAAGCUUUAUUUUAAUGAAAAAUACAUUUGUUUAUUAGCUUGUUCUCAACUAUAGAAAUAAACUGAAACUUUUUUGAAAUUUCUGUUAAAUUUCAUUUAUGUAUUUAGCUUUAGGUAUCAAAUUUAGAAACUGACUAUUUCACUCACAAAGCUCCUUUUGUUAGCACUAUUUUAUGCAAAAAUGAAGGGUGGGGUUUGAUUUUGUCCACCCAGGAGGAUUCCAAGUCCUCAUUGGUCAUCUUUCCUUACAUUUAUAUGACUGUCUCAACUAUUUUUCCAAAUCCUUCAUACAAAAUUGCCUUGUCUUUAAGCAGAUUGGUUUAACAGCAUUUUCUAUAACAGUUCUCCCAUUUUUGUAUAUAGCACAAUAAAGCCAAUAAUUCACAGGCUAUCAGGAUUAUGGGAAUGGUAAUUCAAUAUGUAUAAGAAAUGUUGGUCCCUGCUCCUUUGUAGCAUCAACUCAAUCAUGGUUUAUACAUAGUGAAUUGAAUUUGCACGAAUCAGAUGAGUAAUAUAGAUAACCAUCGUGAAUGAAUUCAAUCCUUAACUAGCAACAGUCCUCAAUGCUUUCAGCGAAGUCUUUCCCAGUGCCAAUUUCAGCUGAAUUUCUAAUUGCACAUGAAAUUUUAAUAUAGUCUAUACUUCUGUUUCUUGCAGUUCCCACUUCAUUAAUGAAUUUGGGUGAGGUACAAUGCCACAAUAAACAUAUUCAUAUUCAUCAGAGGGUUAUUACGGAGUUUCUGUUUGUAUCUUCAAUCAAAUGCUCUUGUUCCACACACCAUCUCCUCCCUCCUCAUCUAUCCUUAUUUCAAGAUGGAGCAAUAUAAAGAGCACAAGGAACUACAGAAAGCAGAAUUGUGUUGAUUGCCGUUUAGGAGGAUGUUCAAUUCCAAUAGAGCAUUAGGGGAAGGAGAUUUGAGAAAAUUACUGAAGAUUUAUCGCACAGAGAUUUCGAUGGCGGUGGAUGAUGUCUUCCCAUUACUUCAUGGACUUGCUGAUCAUGAAAUUGUCACUGAAGAGAUGUUCAAGGACACUCUCCACCUGAAGGAAACUGAAGGUUGCCACAGGGCUUUUUAUACCAUGUUGACAUGGUUGCUAAAUCAGGAUUUAUCUUCCAUAGAAGAUUUCUGGAGAGUCCUUUUCAAAGAGUACAACUUGGAGAGGUAUUCCAAGCUUCAGUCCAUUUGGAGCAGCUUUCCUAAAGAUAUGGAUUUCGGCAAGCAUCGCAAAACAAAGAAAGUUGCCAUUAGUCCAAAGACUGUGGCUCAGCACAAAUCCCAAGGAAAGAGAAAGAUAGAAGAAAAAGACCCUUUGCAAUUAACUCAGCCUUCAGGGAAAAUUGAUCCGCACCUUGGGUCUCUUCCUAAAACAAAAGCUGUGAAGAAAUCAGAAAAUGCUGAGGUCCAACAAUACCCUCUUCCAAGUGGCAAUGCUAAGAAAUUUGUUAAAGUUGGGGAUGAAUGUUAUACAUCAAGCAUGUCAGAAGAACUCGGAGAAAACAAAGUUUAUGAAAAGAAGCCCAGCAUGAAUAACAAAGAACUCCAGGUUUCUGAAUAUGUAUACUCACAUACUAUUAUCAAUUCUUAUUCUCUUUGGAUCUUUAGUAGUGAAGAGUAAUCUAUGUUGGGCUAGUUUCUCUGUUUAGAGUCAAGGUUAUGGUGACCAUAGAGUCUUCAUCAUGGAGAUAAAUAGGAAAUCCAAGAGCUUCUAUUAGUCUUAUUUAUAUAGCACCAAUAGAAAAGUACUUUUCAACAAGUAUUGCAUGCAUCUGCCAUAUUAAGAAGCAAAACUAGCAACUGAAAGUGAGUAUGUGAACAUGGCUAUUUAAAAUGAACAACAGCAAGAAAAACAUUUUCAUACUGGUUCCACAUGCAAGAAACAGAUACUUCAGAGGUGGGUUGCUCCCAGUUCGGCCAAACCGAAUUCAGGUCUUGGUCGCAGAACUGGCAGAGACCCA